AUGAGUGAAUCACAUGAUCAUGCAACGAUUACACAUGACUCUGAAAUAGUUGAACCACAUGAUUCUACAAUGAAUGAACAGAAUGAUAAUAAAAUUAUUGAGAGUAGUGAUUGCGAAGAAACUUUUUGUCACGAUAUUACAAAAUUAUGGAAUAAAAAAGAUUAUUUUUAUAAAAUUGACAAUGCUACAGAAGGAAAAAUUAUAAAAAAUUUUGAACUAAAACUAAAAAAUAAAGAUAUACAAGUAGAGGAUGCUUUUUACAGCUCUAGUAAUAUUAUACCUGUAGCAGAAAUAAGCCAAUUAAAAGAUGAUUCAUACAUUAAAAAGAAUUUAGAAUGUAGAGAAUUACGAGAGCUUAACUUUGAAUUUCUGAUUUUAUGCAAUAAAAAUAUAAAAGAAAUACAAGAUUACAUAGAAAUAUAUAGACUUUGUACAGAUGAAGAUGAAAAACUUAUUCUUAGAAAUAUAAUUCUACAGAAAAAAAGACAAGAUAUUUUGUAUAAUAGCGUAAGAAAUUAUAUAUCUGAUCUAAUAAUUAAGGCAGAGGAUUGUUAUAUUUUUAUUGAUUCUGUCUGGUCUACUGUGUUUAGAAAAAGCCUUGAAUUAGUAACAACAGAUCUAAGUAGUCAAGAAUGUAAUUAA